UGAGAUCUGUUUGAAGCAGAUGCAGAGAUUUGCGUUCAGAUCUGUUCUCCACUUCAACAUGUUCAGGUUUUCCUUCAAACACACUGAGGAGGAACUCCUCAUACAGGGUGUUUCACUGCAGCUUCACCUCCAACUGAUGAACCAGAGGAGUCUGUGCAAGUGUCAACAGGGCUGAUGCUGAGAGGUAUUGAUGCUCUGGACUCACUGAAUGUAGAAAGGAGUGAACAGAACCAACAAUCAGUUAGUUCACUAAAUGUUUUCGUCCACACAUGUAGCUAGUUUCUAGUCUGGACAUCAUAGAGUAGAUCCUGCUCUUGUCAUCUGAUACCACUUUAUUUUUGUUGGACUUUGGAAUUAAAAGUUGCUGUUGCCUCAGAACCAACUUCAAUAAAAUCCACCAUUUACUGCUCUUCCUUUGUGAUCCCAUCUGAUUAUUGUGAACUUUGAUCUUUUAUUACCUUUCUAAAGUUGUUUUUGUUAGAUAAGAUGGAUAAAACCUUUGUCCUAAAGGUGACAGAAUUUUUUAUACCAGGACUCAGUGUUAAAAACACUCAUUGAAAAACCCACAAGUAACAAUAUAACCCACUUUUAAACAGAAAACAAAAAAACAAAUUAAAACAUUGCCAUUAAUAUAAUGCAACUCUGCUGCCUUGUUUAGUAGGUUUAUUCCAGAGGGGAUGAGGAAUAUUUUUGUCAACAAUUUUCCUGGCUCGGGGAACUUUAUUAAACCUCCCAGAGAGAAGAAGCAGAAAAACAACACUGAAGGGAAUGUGACUGGUCAUCUGGACAUCUGACCACCUGGUUAAUGAUAAGGGAUAUUCUUGUUUUUGUUAAAUGUUAAUGAAACUGUGCCAGGUGGAGAUAUUAAAUUUGAAUGGCCUAAGAAAGCUGUUAUUGUACCACUGCCCAUGCAACACAGCUUCUCAAUUUGAUAACAUUUAGGAUGACAGUAUGAGAAAGAUAUUCUGUAGAAAACUGAGCUCCUCUGCCUGAUUGACAUGAUGGUCCUCGCCCGCUGAAUAGAAUGCUGUGCAAAAAGGCCCUAACAUGUGUCAGAGACUCAUGUUAGGGCUAGGGUUGACCUGGUUGUUCACCCCUUUCAGCAGAAUGGAGUCUGAGAGGUAGUUACAGUCUUUGACAGGAACUAGAGAGACAAGCGAAACUGAUAUUUUUAACACAUAUGUGAAGGAUGAUUGGAGGUGAUGUGCAGAUAAUGUGUGUUUCCUCUUCAGGUGAGGGUAGAAAGUGUGUGUGAACUGAUGUGGAUGUGAAAUCAGCAGCAUGGUUCAAUGUGAGGACACAGAGGAUGGAGUCCCUCCCUCUGAAACCACUCUGUGUGGGGAAGAUGAGAGCCAGAGCAAAGGUCACAGGAUCCAUCAAAGACUGGAACCUGAACCUGAACCCAGCUGUGUGUCCUUUAAAAGCGACUGGUCCAAGGAUCUUCCUGUUAAAUUUAAAGCAGCCCGCCCUUCAUCAACUGACAGGAAUGGUCAGAGACUCCAUCCUGAACCUGAACCCAGCUGUGUAUCAUGUCAGACUGACUGGUCCAAAGAUCUUCCUGUUAAAUUUAAACCAGCCAAACCUUCAGAAGUAGACAGGAUCCAUCAGAGACUUGAACCUGAACCCAGCUGUGUGUCCUUUAAGAGUGACUGGUCCAAGGAUCUCCCUGUUAAAUUUAAACCACACCGACCUUUAGACAGAUGCUGGGUGGAUCAGCAGAAGUCAGAGGUUCCCAGUGGUCCAUCUGCCCAGCAGCGCCAAAAACAAUUGGACUCCAUAUUUAUGAUGCUGGAGGACAACAUUGUCAUUUUUCUAAAGAACGAGUUGAAGAAGAUCCAGAAGGUUCUGAGUCCAGAUGACCCAGAAUGCUCAGAGAGUCAGAGAGAUGAUGAGGAGAAGUUGGAAGGUGAGGAUGAAGAGCAGAGUUGGGAUACUAGAGAGGCAGUGAUUAAGAUCACCCUAAACUUCCUAAGGAGGAUGAAGCAGGAGGAGCUGGCUGACCGUCUGCAGAGCGAGCAUCUUGCUGCAGUUUGUCAACACCAACUUAAACUUGGUCUGAAGAAGAAGUUCCAGUCUGUGUUUGAGGGAAUCACUAAAGCAGGAAGUCCAACCCUUCUGAACCAGAUCUACACAGAGCUCUACAUCACAGAGGGAGAGACUGGAGAGGUCAAUGAUGAACAUGAGGCCCAAACAGACGUGGUGGUGAAGCUGCUGCUCCUCUUUGCUGCUUCAUCCAGACUGAACAGAGCAGCUCAGCCUGGUUCAGUGUUUCUUCCUGACAGCAAGUCAGUGAUGCAGGAGCAGCUGAGUGACAGCAGCAUGACCCAUCAGAAAUUCCCACUUGAACCUGAACGUGAACCACAGUCUGGCCUCAUGUCAGGGGAGAGCGAGAGCUCUUAUGAUCUUCACAUUGACGUUGAAUGUUCUGGACCAUCCUCAGAGAGAAUGAAGAAUGUCACAGCUGAAAAUGAGUAUACAUACCAGAAUGUGUCCUUUAAAAGCCAUGUUUCAAAGGAUCUUUGGUUUGAAUUUAAACAAAAACAACCUCCAGCAGCAGAAAGAGUGGAUCAUCAAUACUCUGAUGAUCCAGAGAUCCAAGCUGCCUACAAUGAAAUGCAGUUGGACUCCAUUUUUAAGCUGCUGGAGGACAACAUUGUCACUUUUGUGAAAAAUGAGCUGAAGAAGAUCCAAGGUGUUCUCAGUCCAGUUUCCAAAAUAUCCAAAGAGAGUCAAAUAUGUGGAUUGUCGAAAAAUGAGAAGAAACAGCUGAGGAAGAACAGCAGAGAAGCAUUGACGAAGAUCACUCUGAACGUCUUGAGGAUAAUGAAUCUGAAUAAUCUGGCUGACCAUCUCCAAUGCAAACAUUUUGCUACAAUCUAUGAGGAUAACAUUAAAUCUGGUCUGAAGAAGAAGUUCCAGUGUGUGUUUGAGGGAAUUGCUACAGCAGGAAGUCCAACCCCUCUAAAUCAGAUCUACACAGAGCUCUACAUCACAGAGGGAGGGACUGGAGGAGUCAAUGAUGAACAUGAGGUCAGACAGAUUGAAACCACAUCCAGAAAACCACACAGACCAGAAACAACAAUCAGACAAGAAGACAUCUUUAAAGUCCCACCUGGAAGAGAUCAACCAAUCAGAACAGUGAUGACAAAGGGAGUGGCUGGCAUUGGGAAAACDGUCUUAACACAGAAGUUCACUCUGGACUGGGCUGAAGACAAAGCCCACCAGAACAUCCAMUUCAUAUUUCCAUUCACYUUCAGAGAGCUGAAUGUGCUGAGAGAGAAAAAGUUCAGCUUGGUGGGACUAAUUCAUCACUUCUUUACUGAAACCAAAGAAAUCUGCAGCUUUGAACACUUCCAGGUUCUGUUCAUCUUUGAUGGCCUGGAUGAGAGUAGACUUCUGCUGGACUUCCACAACAAGGAGAUCCUGACUGAUGCUACAGAGUCCAGCUCACUGGAUGUUUUGCUGACAAACCUCAUCAGGGGGAAACUGCUUCCCUCUGCUCUCCUCUGGAUAACCACACGACCUGCAGCAGCCAAUCAGAUCCCUCCUCAGUGUGUUGGCAUGGUAACAGAGGUCAGAGGGUUCAAUGACCCACAGAAGGAGGAGUACUUCAGGAGGAGAUUCAGAAAUAAGAAGAAGGGCAGCAGGAUCAUCUCCCACAUGAAGACAUCACGAAGCCUCCACAUCAUGUGCCACAUCCCAGUCUUCUGCUGGAUCACUGCUACAGUUCUGGAAGAUGUGUUAAAGGCUAGAGAGGGAAGAGAGCUUCCUAGCACCCUGACUGAAAUGUACAUUCAUUUCCUGGUGGUUCAGACCAAAGUGAAGACAGUCAAGUAUGAUGAAGGAGCUGAAACAGAUCCACACUGGAGUCCAGAGAGCAGGAAGAUGAUUGAGUCUCUGGGAAAACUGGCUUUUGAUCAGCUGCAGAAAGGAAACCUGAUCUUCUAUGAAUCAGACCUGACAGAGUGUGGCAUCGAUAUCAGAGCAGCCUCAGUGUACUCAGGAGUGUUCACACAGAUCUUUAGAGAGGAGAGAGGGCUGUACCAGGACAAGGUGUUCUGCUUCGUCCAUCUGAGUGUUCAGGAGUUUCUGGCUGCUCUUCAUCUCCAUCUGACAUUCAUUAAGUCGGGGGUCAAUCUAAUGGAAGAAGCACAAACAUCCUCAAAGAGGUAUUCUUUUUUUCAAAUACCAAAACUAAAAUCGCUCCAUCAUAAAGCUGUUGACCAGGCCUUAGAGAGUCCAAAUGGACACCUGGACUUGUUCCUCCGUUUCCUCCUGGGACUUUCACUGCAGACCAAUCAGAGACUCCUACAAGGUCUGAUUACACAGACAGGAAGUAGCUCACAGACCAAUCASGAAACAGUUCAGUAYAUCAAGRARMAGAUCAGKGAGAAUGUGUCUGCAGAGAAAGGCAUCAAUCUGUUCCACUGUCUGAAUGAACUGAAUGAUCRUUCUCUAGUGGAGGAGAUCCAACAGUCUCUGAGUUCAGGAAGUCUCUCCACAGAUAAACUGUCUCCUGCUCAGUGGUCAGCUCUGGGUUUCAUCUUGGUGUCGUCAGGAGAAAAUCUGGAUGUGUUUGACCUGAAGAAAUACUCUGCUUCGGAGGAGGUUCUUCUGAAGCUGCUGCCAGUGGUUAAAGCCUCCAACAAAGCUCUGUUGAGUGGAUGUAACCUCUCAGAGAAAAGCUGUCAAGCUUUGUCCUCAGCUCUCAGGUCCCAGUCCUCUACUAUCACAAAACUGGACUUGAGUAACAACAUUCUGAAUGAUUCUGGAGUGCAACUUCUGUUACAUGGACUGGAGAGUUCAAAUCACAGCCUGAAUAUCCUUAGACUGAGUUGCUGUAACCUGUCAGAGAGAAGCUGUGAAGCUCUGUCUUCAGUUCUCAGCUCCCAGUCCUCCAGUCUCAGAGAACUGGAUCUGAGUAACAACGACCUGCAGGAUUCAGGAGUGAAGCUUCUCUCUGCUGGACUGGAGAGUCCAAACUGCAAAAUAGAAAUUCUCAGCUUGUCAGGUUGUUUAAUCACAGACGAAGGCUGUUCUCAUCUGGCCUUUGCUCUGGCCAUGAACCAUUCUCAUCUGAAAGAGUUGGACCUGAGCUACAAUUGUCCAGGAGAGCUGGGAGUGAAACAGUUGUCGUUCGGACUGAAUGAUUCACAAUGGAAACUAACCACUCUAAGAGUGGACCCUGCUGGAGUCCAGUGGUUGGCACCAUGUCUGAGGAAGUAUUCUUGUCAACUCACAAUCGACUUAAACACAGUGAACAGAGAGCUCAGGUUGUCUGACAACAACAAGAAGGUCACACGUGUGAAGGAUCGUCAGUCUUAUCCUGAUCAUCCAGACAGAUUUGAUGUCCCUCAGCUGCUUUGUCAAACUGGUUUGACCGGUCGUUGUUACUGGGAGGUUGAGGUGAGAGGAGAAGUGGAUAUAUCUGUGAGCUACAGAGGAAUUAGAAUUAGAGGAUACAGUGAUGCUUGUUGGUUUGGACGGAAUCAUCAGUCCUGGAGUUUGUUCUGCUCUGAUAAGGGUUAUUCUGUCUGGCACAAUGCCAAAAAAACACCCAUCCUCUUCUCCUCUUCCUCCUCCCCCUUCUCCACCUUCUAUGUCUCCAACAGAGUAGCCGUAUAUGUGGACUGUCCUGCUGGGAUUUUGUCUUUUUAUAGAGUCUCAUCUGACAUGCUGAUCCACAUCCAUACCUUCAACACCACAUUCACUGAACCUGUUUAUGCUGGAUUCAGAAUCUUUCCUGAUUCCUCAGUCUUUCUAUGUUAA